CUCCAGCCGGACGCCGGCAACGCGAGCUGGAACGGGACCGAGGCGCCGGGAGGCGGCUCCCGGGCCACCCCGUACUCCUUGCAGGUGACGCUGACCCUGGUGUGCCUGGCCGGCCUGCUCAUGCUUCUCACCGUGUUCGGCAACGUGCUGGUCGUCAUCGCCGUGUUCACCAGCCGCGCGCUCAAGGCGCCGCAGAACCUCUUCCUGGUGUCGCUGGCCUCGGCAGACAUCCUGGUGGCCACGCUCGUCAUCCCCUUCUCCCUGGCCAAUGAGGUCAUGGGCUACUGGUACUUUGGCAAGGCGUGGUGCGAGAUCUACCUGGCGCUCGACGUGUUCUUCUGCACGUCGUCCAUCGUGCACCUGUGCGCCAUCAGUCUGGACCGCUACUGGUCCAUCACUCAGGCCAUCGAGUACAACCUGAAGCGCACGCCGCGCCGCAUCAAGGCCAUCAUCGUCACCGUGUGGGUCAUCUCGGCCGUCAUCUCCUUCCCGCCGCUCAUCUCCUUUGAGAAGGCCGGCGGCGGCGGGCAGCAACCGGCAGAGCCGCGCUGCGAGAUCAACGACCAGAAGUGGUACGUCAUCUCGUCGUGCAUCGGCUCCUUCUUCGCGCCCUGCCUCAUCAUGAUCCUGGUCUACGUGCGCAUCUACCAGACCGCGGGCCCCGGGGAAGAGCGCGGCGCGGGCGUCAAGGCGUCACGUUGGCGCGGACGGCAGAACCGCGAGAAGCGCUUCACAUUCGUGCUGGCCGUGGUCAUCGGGGUGUUCGUGGUAUGCUGGUUCCCCUUCUUCUUCACCUAUACGCUCACGGCCGUCGGCUGCUCGGUGCCGCGCACGCUCUUCAAGUUCUUCUUCUGGUUUGGCUACUGCAACAGCUCUUUGAACCCGGUCAUCUACACCAUUUUCAACCACGACUUCCGCCGCGCUUUCAAGAAGAUCCUCUGCCGGGGGGACCGAAAGCGGAUCGUGUGAGCGCGCUGGGGUCCUGCUUACAGGCGGGGCGUGGAGGGCGCGCCUCCGCAGCAGCCUAGGACCUACUUUCUGACGGAGGGUGCUCUGCAGGGCCUCUCCUGUGGUACGGGGCAGUUCGGGCUGGGAGAGCCACCCCAUCGUCCGGAGGAGUUUCCCGGUGGGCCGCCCCUGAUCAGUAUUGUUUCUAAGAGUAUUUGCACUCUCUCCCCUCUCCCAGCUCACCCAGCUCUUCAGACCCCAGGACUCCAGAGGGCCUGACUCACAAAGGGUAAAUGGGAAGGGGAUACCCAGCCCUCGCUUACUGCUCCCUCCCACCCGCGAACUCUCUAAUUUUAAAAUGCACACUCAGGGCAGCUCCUGCCCACUCUCCCAAAACACACUAUUUUUGAUAGCAAACCUGGGGUCCCCAGUGUCACACAGCCUCGGGUGUGAUGUUGGGAUCCUGGCCGUGGGGCGCCCUCCAGGCAGACCCAGCAUCUGGUUCAGGCCAAGCCCCUUGGCAGUGCAAGCCCUUUUGUAGGGUUGUUUUGUCUCUCUGUGUCCUUUCCACCAGCAACUGGUGACUGUCCCUUGGAUGGGAUCUGCUUUGAGAUUUCCUGGCAGAGAAAAGAUUUCUGUCCUUCCCUCCCCCCUGUUCCUAACAGCAUAAUUGCCUUUUCCUAUGUAAAUAUUACAAUGAUGGACCAAGA